AUGGAUGAGCUCGGUAGGACUAAGCGAAAAAAGCCACCCCAUUCAACUUUGGAGAAAGUCAGUGAGCUUAUCCUGCCCAGUAUAGUACACAAGUUCCUGUUUAGUCCAGCAUCUGAGUUCCCUGUAGCCAGACUCUUCAUGGGGGCUGUCUUUGGAGCUUUCAGUGGGUCUGCUUUAUUCCUUGGACUUAUGCACAACAUUUCAAUGAGCACCUUCCACAGAGUCAUUGCUGGAUAUGUUUUUGUAGCAGCGUGUGUCCUAGGUGGGAUGUUUUCUUCGUUUUUUCGCUGCACAGUGCUCCUGAUGUUUCCUAGUAUGCUUGGCUCCCGUGGACAGGCGUACCUUAUAGUAUUUGUCCUACAUGGUCUCUAUCAAGGUCCCAUCUCAAAUAUCCAAAAUAAUGUCCAGGAUGUGGCCUUCUCCAUGGGCUGUAACAUAGACCUGCAAAUCAGCCAUAGUAAGAUCAUGUGGAGGGCAGUGACUGAGCCUUUUGUUCAGGUGCUGCAGGAUAUAGUGCAUGACAAUGUGAAGCUCCAGAGAGAGGCCCAGAAUGUGAGCAGGCAGUUCCAGGGCAUCAGGGAUGAGGUGAUGGGCCAGUACGGAUAUGACAGCCAGAAUCCCAUAGCUGCAGGAAAUAGUACCCAGGAACAGUAUGCUGCAAAGACCAUGAUGCGCUGUGACUAUGUGGUGAAUCAAGGCAUUGAUCGCUGUCAGCAGUGGUUCAGUGCUAAGUGGGAGGAGUGCAUGGACACAGUUAAAUCCCCUGUUAUCAACCACUUCCUCUGUGUGCCUAUGAAGUUCGAAUUCCUGUGUAAUGUCAUGAGAGUAAUGACUCCAUGGUGCAAGGAGGAGAUCCCAGUAGAGGGCAACUUUGGCCAAACCUUUGACAAGCUCAAUUUCUCCAUCAGUAAACUUGGAGAACAGUUCACAACAAACAUUGUGCUUCAGAAACUGGAUCAGUCCACAUACGGAGUCACAGAUCUUCAGAAUGAAUUUCGCAACGAGCUGAGCAGGUCAUUUCAGGAGAAGAGAGAUAUUGUUGAGCAGAUAGCAAAGAUUGUGCAGAUGCUCCUGUCUUUCACGUUCAUCACUAUUUUUACUUCGGCUUUUGGAUACGCACAAAAGUACACUCGAGAUAUUUGCUUUGACAACGUCUACGUUACAACCUACUUUAGGCAGAUUGAUACACGGCGAAAGAGAGCAGGUAAGAGGUACCUGUUGCCUUUGAAGAAAGCAGAAAGGAGCGGUUUUAUAGACCCUUGGAGCUUGAAGAUCCAUCCCAGCGAGUUCAAACUUGUGAUAGCGGGCCUGGUGCAGGUUGUUUCUCUGGCUCUCUUUGUAAGUGUUAUUCUGGCCACUGAUGGUAUUCUUUACCACAUCUUCAACAUCAUCCGUAGACACACCUUUACAGAGUAUUCCCUUACAAGCAGUCAUGACAUACGCAUUGAUGUUGAUGGAGAGUCCAUGUUAGCUAAGCUCCUGCGGAAAACUAUCGGUGCAUUCAACACCACCUCCAAGCUGGACAUGCAAUCCAGUAACCAGCAGUGUCUCCCACAGCCUCGUGCUCUGAGCCAGGCAGAUUACCUAUGGAGUGUCCUCCCAUUGUUGCUGAUGGGCCUCAUGUGCUGCCUGCAGGUUUACACUAACCGCCUGCGGAGGGUCAUCACCACCUUCUACUUCCCCAAGAGAGAGAAAAGACGCAUUCUUUUCCUCUAUAACCUGCAGAUCCAGAGACGCAUUUCAUGUGUCAACAGACUGUGCAAACGACUGAGGAGGCGACAAAUACCACCAAACGUGGUGUUAUCUAUGCUGCUGUCUCCUCUGGAGUGGGUGGGCUGUAGGCUUUGUUGGUGCUGGGUAUGUGAGGAGUUUGUGAGACAGAGCCAGGCCGUGCAGUGUCCUGCUCCUCACUGCACCGCUCUCUACUGUCUGCAGUGCUGGAGAGACAUGAGCAGUUGCUACGUCUGCUCAGUCUACACACAGAGUGAGCCUCAGGACAGCGACUCUGAUACAGAUGUUUACUAUGUCAACUGA